AUGGUCCAGUGGAUGUUACAUAAUGAUGUGGAUGUGGAUCAAUGUAGAGAUACUGGGGCAAGUGGACUGUUCAUGGCAAGUCAGGAAGGGCAUACCGAUAUAGUAACGUUACUGUUAGAGAGGAAUCAUGAUGUAAAUGUAUGUACCAAUGAUAACUGUAGUCCUCUGUUACAAGCAAGUCAAAACGGACAUACUGAUAUAGUAAAGUUACUGUUAGAGAGAAAUCCUGAUAUUAAUUUAUGUGACAAGGAUGGUAAAAGUCCUCUGUUAAAGGCAAGUACAUAUGGACAUACUGAUAUAGUAAAUUUAUUGUUAAAGAGAAAUCCUGAUGUUAAUCUAUAUAACAAGAAUGGCUUUAGUCCUCUGAUAAAGGCAAGUCUGAAUGGACAUACUGACAUAGUAAGAUUACUACUAGAGAGGAAUUCUUAUCCAUGUGACAAUACACCACUGGGUACUUCAUGUGUCAAUAACAACAUCAGUAUCAGUAACAGUCCGAGUCUUGUCCAGUCAUUAAUGAAACAUAAACCAGACGUUAAUGCCCAGACAUAUGAUGGAGGUAAUGCUUUAUAUUUCAGUGCAUUUCAUGGAAACCUAAAGAUAACAAAGUUACUGUUGGAGAACGAUGCUGACUGUGAUAUAUGUACGUACAGUUUCAAACCGAUUUAA